CUCGCUGUCUGUCUCUCUGGUUAUCUCUCUCUUGUCCCAGCAGCUUUGGAUGUUUUUUUUUUCAGCCCUCAGAGGACAGCAGAGACAGGCGUUGCUAGUCUAGUAUCUGUACCCUGGAUAUAUUCAUGGAACAGUCACAUUGGUCACAAAUUUGCUUCUCUCGACAAAGCUAAAGGGACACAACCUGAACUCAGAAGUUACGUCACCUGUUCAUGUGCUGUCUGGGAGUCAAACAGCCGAUUUGCUCUGAUGAACUGAAACCAUCUGCAAAAAAACGGCAUCAUACUUUGGGACAUUCCCUGGAUAUUGUGCUGUUGCCAUAGUGACGCUCCAACGGGAUCUCAAUUGACAGGUCUCCCUCUUGAAGAAAUCUGAGGGGUCGCCACCAGAAGGAACAUGUGCUAGAAGUUAUACAUCUAUCCUCAACGACUGGUCGGCUUUGACUCUAGAAGAUGAACAAUGAGGAUGAAUUCUACGACGCCGUCACAGGCCUGGAUUCGGACGAGUCGUAUGAAGGGGUGUCAGAGGCCAGUUACAAAGAUGCCGUGGUGUUUGACGGCAGCAGUCAGAAGAACAACGGAUCGGUGCCACAGGAGAAUGGCAUCAAGAAACACAGGACAUCAUUACCUGCGGCCAUGUUUUCUAGAAACACUAUCAGUGUCUGGAGCAUCCUGAAGAAAUGCAUCGGACUGGAACUCUCUAAGAUCACAAUGCCCAUCGUCUUCAACGAGCCUCUGAGCUUCCUGCAGAGGAUUUCAGAAUACAUGGAACACACAUACCUCAUCAACAGAGCCUGCUCAAUGUCCAACUCCAUAGAACGCAUGCAGGCAGUAGCUGCUUUUGCUGUGUCGGCAGUUGCGUCUCAGUGGGACAGAACUGGAAAACCCUUUAACCCUCUGCUGGGAGAGACCUAUGAACUCACCAGAGAGGAUCAGGGUUUUCGGCUAGUGUCAGAGCAGGUCUCCCAUCAUCCCCCAGUCAGUGCCUUCCAUGCAGAGAGUCUGGUCGGGGACUUCGUCUUCCACGGUUCCAUCUACCCCAAACUCAAGUUCUGGGGCAAGAGCGUUGAGGCUGAGCCUAAGGGAACCAUUACACUAGAGCUACUCAAGCACAACGAGGGGUACACAUGGAGUAACCCUUUCUGCUGUGUACACAAUAUCAUCCUUGGCAAACUAUGGAUAGAGCAAUAUGGCACAGUGGAAAUAGUCAACCACAGCACUGGAGACAAGUGUGUGUUGAAUUUCAAGCCCUGUGGCAUGUUUGGCAAAGAGUUGCACAAAGUGGAGGGAUACAUCCAGGAUAAAAGUAAAAAGAAACACUGUGUGAUCUAUGGAAAGUGGACCGAGUGCAUGUGGAGUGUGGACCCUCAGGCCUAUGAGGCCCACAAGAAGUCAGAGAGGAAAGGAGACAACAAGAAGCACAAAAAUGAGGAGCAGGAGGGAGCAGAGAACGAUGACGCAGACGACAUGCCCGACGUCCAGGAGACUGUUUCCGUUGUACCAGGAAGCACUCUGCUGUGGAGGAUAGAAUCCAGGCCAGCACACUCUGCUGUGAUGUACAACUUUACAAACUUUACAAUGUCUCUCAAUGAGCUGGAGCCUGGCAUGGAGGCCAUCUUGGCCCCCACGGACUGUCGCUUCAGACCUGACAUCAGAGCCAUGGAGAAUGGCAACAUGGAUGAGGCCACUACGGAGAAGGAGAGACUGGAGGAGAAACAGAGAGCUGCCAGAAAGGAGAGAGCCAAGGAUGAGGAUGAGUGGUCUACUAGGUGGUUCCAGAUGGGCACCAACCCAUACACCAACUCCCAGGGCUGGCUUUACACCGGUGGCUACUUCAAUAGGAACUACCAGGAUCUCCCCGAUAUCUACUGAGAGCCCGCCAGCCUUCCUCCUCCUCCUCCUCCUCCUCUAUAACCUGCAAUGACCUGCCUGUCAAGAUAUGGAGAGAAAUGUAAAGACCUACCCGUCUUCAUCUCACUGCCAUCCUCAUCAUCUUUAAACUGACCGACGCACCCAUUUCAAAUUGGAAAGACUUAAAAAGAAUCCAAACGGCCGUCGCUUCUCUCAAACAGCGGCCUGCUUGAUGUCAGCACUGUCUUCAGGUCU